AUGGCUGAGCCAUUGGCAGUGCCAAAGGAGCCGGAUAAGCAGCAUUCGUUGGAUCUUACGAGCCCUCCUCUACCAGAUGGAACCGCAGAUUCUGAUAGUUAUGAAGAAUGGGAUGAGGAUGAAUACGACACAGAGGAAGAAGAGGAAGAAGAAGAGGAAGAUGAAGGGGAUGAGAAAAAAGAGGACGAGGAGGGAAAACCAGAAGUAGAAAAGAAGGACGAAAAAGAAGAGAGACUGGACAAGAAGGAAGUAGACAGAAAGGAAGAAGGGAAAGAAGAAAAAGAAGAGGAAGAUAUGGAAAAGGAUAUGUCAAAUACGACUUUAGAAAUAUCAGUAGAUGUAGAUACUUCAAAUGUACAUGGAGCAGAAGAGAAAGAAAGUUCUGAUAAAUUUCAAGAGUUUCAUUUAAAACCACUGACACCAUCGAGAAACACUGUCGAGGAAGUACAAAUUUCUACUAUGCCCCAGGAAAAGACUAGGAAGAAAUUUCAGCCUAAAGAAAAGCCAAUCUUAGAUGAAGAUGAGUGGUUUGAACCGUCUAACGAAGUUGAUUUCCAAUCAAUUGGGAAUGUGUGGCCUGAAGAGCUGACACCAGUGCCUGAAAUAGGAAGUGAAAGAUGGAUAGCAUUGAUGGAACAAAUUAGGUACAAAAAUCCUUACGAAGGAUAUGUUCCCGAAGAGACUAAAGAACCGAUGGAAGCCAUUUGGGACCGAUUCAAUCGCCUGGACUACCAAGAAGGUAGGUAUGUUGAUGAGGAAAUGUAUAUGAACGAAGAUGGCACGUUGGACAUGGAUAACAUGACUGUGGAAGACAUGGAAGAUCUCACAAAGAAAUUUCAUAGUGAAUCAAAUAACAAAGAAUUCAAAUUUGAUUAUUCGGAAAGUGUGGAUAGUAUGGGUAGUCGACUAUGA